AUGCUGUGGAAAGCACUAGAGGAGAAAGACCCGCGGAUUGAUCCUGCGAUAGUGGGCACUGUCAAGGGUAUCACUGCAUUUUACCCACCAAUGGAUCUGACCAAAUCCAGAGAUGAGCGUGCUGCCUCCAAUCCAGCCUUUGUUGCGCUCAAAAAAAAACCCGCAUCGUCUUCCAAGCUCAUCGGCGACAUUUUCGACCGAGCUUACUUUUGGAAUCUGCAAAAAAUGCUAGACAAAGGCGAAAUGUACAUUUCUCCGGGACUGGCUCCUCUUCACCUGAUGAAGAUGGCUCUACCAACCCGGAUUUUUCUGAAACUUGCGGGCUUGGAUCCCUUGUUGGUUGAAGGUGAAGCCGCAGCUGCUCGACUGAAGGCUGCAGGGAAGCAGGUUGAUUGUGAGACCAUUGCGAUUAAUAAAUAA